CAGCGCAGGUUUUAGUGAGAGCAGGAAAAGCUUGUGAGAGGAGGGAGUCACGAACUGCUGCUGAGGCACCAACACACGAAAGAUGUCACUCGCCAGCGACAAGCUGUACAACGGAUACUUGCGGCGGAAUAUGCCGACCAUUGUGAGCAAGGUCAAAGUGAGAGAAAUACUGAACCAUCUACCGUGCUUGACGUCUCAAGACAGGGAAACCAUUGAGGCAAAAAGAGAGACGUAUGGGAACUAUGACAGCAUGGUGCUCCUGCUGGACUGUCUGAAGAGGAGAGAGAACUGGCCGGAGCAGUUUAUCAAAGCACUCGAGGCGUGUGAGCAGCCAACACUCGCAGCUGAGAUCAGAGCAGAGUACGAAGCUCUGAAAGAGAACAAUGAUUCAUCCAACCCCAGCUCUCCUCCAACAACUGUCGUCAGGGCGCACGUCCAUCCAGCACCAUCUGCCAGUCAUCUGUCCGGCCCAGAGGGUGGUGCAAACAGUCAGGCUGCUGUUGCUCCGCCAGCUGAAGCAUCAGCUCCUCCAGACGCAGAUGAAGCAUCAGCUCCUCCAGACGCAGAUGAAGCAUCAGCUCCUCCAGAGCCGGCUGAAGCAUCAGCUCCUCCAGAGCCGGCUGAAGCAUCAGCUCCUCCAGACGCAGAUGAAGCAUCAGCUCCUCCAGAGCCAGCUGAAGCAUCAGCUCCUCCAGAGCCAGCUGAAGCAUCAGCUCCUCCAGAGCCGGCUGAAGCAUCAGCUCCUCCAGAGCCGGCUGAAGCAUCAGCUCCUCCAGAGCCAGCUGCCCAGGCCUCACCCCCUGUGCAGCCACAAGCCCCCCAGAGCUCAGCAGCCCAAGUUCCUGAGGCUGUUUCCCCACCUGAGCCUGUCCCAGAGCCUCCACAGUCCACUCAGGCUGAAGUGGCACCUCCUCCAUCAACACCUCCUCCUUCCCCUGCCACCCCACACACUCAGCCCACUCCACCCCCACCUCCUCAGAGGGAGACUAAUUCUCACCAGGAGCCGGUGGAAAACUCUGAAUCAGACAUCCAGGAUGUCUCUGCUGAUGAUGUUGUGAUCCCUGAUCAGGUGAGCGCAGGAAACAGAGAGGUAUCCAUCAGCUCUGUGGACGCUCCUCAACCAUCCCGUCCUGUUGAGCAGUGUGAAACAGACACUGCGUCCCCAGAUCCUCUCCAAACAACAACCACCUCCACAGAGGUCAGUCCACCACAGAGUCCCUCUGCAGCUCAGAUGAACUCCGAUGUGACCGAUGGAUCCUCUUUCCUGACCCUGACCCCAGAGAGGCCUCCAGUCCAGGAUACCAGCCCUUCUGGGGACUUCAAACCUGCAGCUGUUCUGCAGCCUGAAGAGACAUCUGAACCUCCUGCUGCACAGGUUGUUGAAAGCAGCCCACAGACAGAAGCUGCAGCGACCACCUCCCCCCCGCCUGGUGCUGCUGGGACGGACGCCUCUCUGUGUGAUGACAGCUCUGUGUGUCUGAGCAACUCGGGUGAUAGUGAGCAUCUGGAAGUUAACGGUGCUGCACCGGACGCUGUGACCUCUGCCCAGCUUCCAGCAUGCUCCACUGUCAGCUCCACCACCGUGACUACAGCGUCUGCACCGCCAUGCCAGGAGAACGGCAUCACUCUGAACCAUAACGAACUGGAGGAAAACCACUACGAGUCUCUCUGUCCCAGUUUGGGAACACAGGCGGUGCUGGAGACCGUGGUGCGUGUGUCCGAGGAGCCGUCUGUCCUCAACCUUAACGGCCAAAGCUCAACACCACAAGUUCAAAUCAACGGUGAAGCAGCCAAAGAGAUGACCUCUGCUCCACCACUGUCCAACACUGCUGCUGAUACUGUACCAAGUGUGAACACCUCCUGCAGUGAGAACCACCACCCGUCUGAGCCUACACCCACUGAUCUGUCACCAGAGCAGAAGACACUGCAGGAUUCAGAGGACAAGAUGGCCUGUCGCACCCUGACACCUAAUACAAAGUACAUUCUGACCGCUGCAGGAGUGGGCGCCUGUGCACUGCUGAUGGCGUGGAGGUUUAAGCAUUAAGGGGAUUUAAUACCUUUAAAGGAAGAGAGGAUUAGGCUUUAAGGCUUUUUAAAGAGGAUCUUAAGGUUAUGGUGCCUUAUUGUAGUCACUGGACUGGGAUGGCGUGAGGCAGCUGUAUAAUAAUUACCCUCAGUAAUAGUUGAUCGUGUCGUUAAUUACUCGUAUGUUGGACUUUUAUUAUCUAACUGCUGAAUGAACCGUAGUGAACAAACACCAAAUCUACUCCUCUUAUUGUAGUUAGGGAACUUUGUGGAGCUGGGUUGAGAUCUCAGGUUAUUUAUGCACCUGGUGCAGAUGUGUGGUUUGUGAAGAUGAUGUGUAUUAAUGACAGAAAUGUUUCUACGUGCACUUUGAAGAUAAGACUGUCAGCUGUCGUCCAGUGAAGAUUAGUGAACCUGAACUUUACUGGAUGUGGAAGAGCGAGUAUAAAUGACGCCUGCUGCACUGUCUGUAUUUAUUUGUACAUACAUAUAAACUAUAUCGGUAUCUAAUUAUGUAUAUUAAGAAAAAAUAUUAGUUAUCAGGAUGUAACUCCAGUUCUAUGAGCAUGUCGCCCUCUAACAAGCUUUGCGAAGCCCGUUAGAAGGCGGAGCAAAUAGUAAAUAGAAGAAAUGUGUGAUAAACAUCCCAAAGCUCUCGUAACGUCUCAGAGAAUCAGUCUGCUAAACUACAGAAGCCAAGAACUGCCAGGCCAGAGAAAGAAUCAUAGUCCAGAUCAGUUGUUUCCUUUUUAGUUAUGUGCUUUUUUAAAACCAUUACACUCCUCAAUUGUGAUUUUUUUUUUCAUGGCAACAUCUUUUUUUCUGAGAUGGAAGACUUGUGUUAACAUGUAAUAAGUCAUUUUAUUAGCUGCAAAAACUGUGUUUUAAAUAUCAGUUUUUGUGGUUAUUGCUUCUUUCUUUUGUGUAAAAAUGUAGUUAGCAUAAACAUCAGCUAUUUUUUUAAACAUUGAAAGAAUACUAAACAUGUAAUAAUGUAAUCAAUGUAAUAAAAAUGUACUAUAAAGUAAUUUGCUGCACUGUGCAGGUCCGUAGAGCUCUAAAGGCGACCACUGGUCUAAUCAAGCGACUCUGUGCUUCCUGUCCAUCAUCUGGUGUUCAUGUUUGAGAUGAACUUUUAUUUUUUCAUAGGUUUUCUUCUCCUUUAUACAGAAACAAGUUUGAGAAGUCUUGUUGUAUGAGAAAAGACUGUAUUGUAAAUAUCAUUGUGAGUAUCAGAGAUGUCAGAAAAACAAACUUUGAUGUAGAAAGUUUUGCACAUUUAAAGAAGAUAUCUGAGCUGCAAAGAUUCUUUGUAGAUGAAAUGUAUCAUCGAUUAUCUCAGUUUGUUUGCACUGUCUCCAGCUAUGCACUCGAUAAUCAUAUCAAUAAAGCUGAAAUUAUAUUU